CUUAAAGGAGCGACAUGCUGGUCUGUGUUGUGCUGUAGUGAAUAUGCAGUGUGUUGUCAGGAUGGCAUAUUUAUGAUCAGUUUCGAUCUAUAAGUAGAAAAAUAAUCGACUGUGUGUGUUUGAAACGUUACCGUGGCGUGAUUCGUGGUUUUGUGGAGCUUCUGGAUGGAUGAGUGUGCUGAAUAUGAGCUCUCAGGAUAAGAAGACAGACACAGAUCUCAGACAGGAGGAGGAUCACAGCAGCUCUGAAGACAACAAGCAGGAGGGGGUUAUUUGUCUGGGCAACAAUGAAGUGAAGAGUCGUGCAGUAGUGAAGUAUUCGGCUGCUCCUCCUCCCUCUUCCUAUGCAUUACUACAAGAGAAGACUGACCUCAAGCUGCCACCAGCAAACUGGCUGCGGGAAAAUGCUCAGCUGGGACCCGCAGGGACCACCAUACUCGGAUCCAGCCGGAAAAGCAAACCCUUCUCCAGUUUUGGGAUGGCGUAUGACUUCAUCGACUCUAUAGGUGAUGAUGUCGAUGUUGUGUCUGAUUCAGAGAACAUCAAGAAGCUGCUGAAGAUUCCCUACAGUAAAUCUCAUGUCAGUAUGGCUGUUCAUCGAGUUGGCAGCACUUUACUGUUAGAUGAACUGGACAUUCAGGAGCUCUUCAUGAGGUCAUCACAGACUGGUGAUUGGACGUGGCUGAAGGAGUUUUACCAGCGUCUCAUUGACCAAAAGUGGCAGAGAAAGAAGAAAAGUAAAGAACACUGGAACGAGAAGGCCAUCCUCUCCAAAUUUCUCUAUUACAGUAUUAACAGUGAUGGGACUGCAGUGUCUGUGCCGUCAGAUACAGACCAAACAGGAGACGAGGGUUGUGGGACGGGAACUGAUGGACCGUCUUGGCCUGCGACUUUCAGCAGCUCCACCACUGAUUCAGAAGAGUCUGCACUGCCUAAAGAAGAGCAGGUGGACACAUACGCUUUAGGUCACGUGUCUUCAGUUCCCAAAGAACAAAAUCUUCCCACACUGUUUAAUGAAGGAGAAAACAGUCAGGGUUUGAGGAAUGACUUUGUCAGGAAUAUUUUAUGGACAUUUGAGGACAUCCACAUGCUUGUGGGUUCAAAUAUGCCAAUUUUUGGAGGUGGACGAUAUCCAGCAGUCAGUCUACGUCUCAGGGACAACAACAAACCAAUCAACGUUCUCACAGGAAUUGAUUACUGGCUGGAUAAUUUGAUGUGUAACGUACCAGAGCUGGUCAUGUGCUUUCACGUCAAUGGCAUUGUUCAGAAAUAUGAAAUGAUAAAAACAGAGGACAUCCCCAAUUUGGAGAACUCCACGUUCUCCACACGGGUUGUUAAAGACAUUGCACAAAAUAUCCUGUCAUUCCUGAAAUCAAACUGUACCAAAGAAGGACACACGUACUGGCUCUUCAAGGCCAGCGGGAGUGACAUUGUGAAGCUGUACGACCUCACUACACUGUGUGAAGAAGCGGCCGAGGAGAAAUGCCAGAAUCCCUUCACACUUCCAGUAGCCGUGCUUCUCUACAAAGUGGCCUGCAACAUGAUGCUAAAGAAGAGCCAAAACAGGAAAAUUUAUGGGACGAUCAGAACUCUACUGCUUAACUGUAUCAAACUGUUGGAUGAGGACAGACAUCCACAGAUCAUCGCUUCGGCUCACUACAUGCUGGCAGAGCUGUUUCAGCUGGAUGACGUGAGUGAAGACGAAGGCAACGGGGAAUCGCUGAGAGGAGGAGGAUCUGAAGACAGCUACAGUGAUGAAGAUGAGGAGGAUGACGAGGAAGAUGAAGACGAGAGAUGCUCCUACAGCACUGCCUCUGAACCGCAGCACGACUCCAAAGCUGUGGCCGUCAUCAAGUCAGUCGGAGAGCUGUCGGUUCCAGAGAAAUACAAGAGCACGCAUCAGAUCAGACCAAACUUUGCAUAUCCUGUUUCACAAGACAAGGAGGAGAAGUGCCGACUGGUUCUCAGCUAUGUUUUGAAAGGUCUGAAAGCAGUGGACAGCAGCAUAAAGAAAGAGAGUGACCUUCCUGCAGCUGACCCCAGCACACCUAUCCCACUAAAAUAUGAAGAAAGAAGUCCGAAUGGCGCUAUAGAGGUGGAGCAGGAGAUUGCUUUACUGCUGGACAGAGUUGGCCCGUGUAAUGAAGAGCUGAAGGUGCCAACACGCUCCGGGAUGUUACCAGGCACAUGGCAGCAUCGCAUGAAACUCCAGCUGUUCCUGAAAGCAUCAAAAGCAUAUUACGUCCUAUCAGAUGCUGCAACGAACCUGCUGAAGUACGGCCGGGCACUACGCUACAUAAAACUGGCUCUGCAGUGUCACGAUGCAUACUGCUCUAUUAGUGGUGGUCUCCACCCACAGGUGCUUCUGUUCCACUGUCAGUGUCUGUCUCUGUGUGGAGAUGUUCAGCUCAUGUUGGCCCAGAACGCAUCAAACAGAGCUGCGUAUCUAGAGGAGUACAGCUAUCAGACCAAAGACGACCAGGAGAUCCUCCACUGCCUGCACCGCGAGAGCUCCUGCCAAGCCUUCAGCAUGGCCACUGAUCUGGCCCUGGACCCUGAGUACCAGCUGAUCGUCAGCUGCAAGUGUUAUGAAGCCGCUCAUGAUCUUUUGACGUCAGGAGUCCUGAAAGACCAGGCACAGGAGCAGCUGGGUCAGGUGCUGAAACGUCUUGGGAACAUCCGAAAUGAGAUGGGCGUUUUCUACAUGAACCAGGCUGCAGCCAUGCAGGCAGAGAAAGAAGGAGUGCGCAGGAGUGUGUGUGUGGCCGAGCAGGAGCUGUGGAAGAAGAGUUUCUCAUGUUUUGAGAAGGGCAUGCAGUAUUUUAAUGCUAUUUCAGAUCUGGUGAACACAGCGCUGCUGCUGUGUAACAUAGGCCGUCUCAUGCGCAUCUGUGCUCAGGCCCACUGCGUCACCACUUCAGAGCAGAGCAGAGGAGAGUUUUCACCUGAAGAGACUCUCUAUUACAACAAGGCCAUAGAUUACUAUCAGAGAGCGCUGAAGGCUCUGGGCUGCAGAGAGAGUCACUCCGCUGUCUGGGACUCUGUUAACUGGGAACUGUCUACAACCUAUUUCACACUGGCUACACUCCUGCAGGAUUACGCUCCACUGUCCCGCAAAGCACAGGAGCAGAUCGAGAGGGAAGUGACCGAGACCAUGAUGAAGUCUCUGAGAUACUGUGACCUGCAGACGGAGUCCGCUCGCCAGCCUCUCUACCAGUACAGAGCAGCCACAAUCCAUCACAGACUAGCUUCAAUGUACCACAGCUGCUACCGCAACCAGGUUGGAGAUGAGAGUGAUCGUAAGCAGCACAAAGCUCUGGCAGAGCAGCAUUACAGUAAAGCCGUGCGUCUCUUUGUGAAUCUGAGUGAUGCUCCGUGUGAAUUGCUCCGCACACUUCUGGAGAGAGUGGCCUUUGCUGAGUUUACCAUGGCAGGUCAGAACAGCAGUGCUGUGAAACUGAAGACUCUGACAGGAGCUCUGGAGAUCAUGUGUGAAACACGACAUGCGUUCAGACUCAUUCAUAAAGAGCUGCUGGAGCAACAAGAAAAUACAACGACAGCUGAAGACAAACCUGAAGAAGUCCAUGAUGGUUCAGAAAGUUCCUCUUCCUCUGAGCUGAACACAGAAGAGGUGGUGAAGUUAAUUGGCAUCUUCGAGCCCAGUUUCUCCUUCCUGUUACUGCAAGUGAUUAAACUCAGCUCUGCAAGCAAACGAAAACUCAGUGGUAAAGAAGAGGAGCAGGUUAAGGUCUACAAGAACGUCUAUUCUCGUCUCUUACGGGCCGAAAAGUCUGUUCCACUCAUGCAGCGGGUUUCGCUUUUCCUGGAGCUGCUGGAUCAGCUGAAUCCAACAUCUGGAAGUGAAGAACCAAGAUCAUCAUCAUCAUCAUGAGAAUAAAAUCCAGCUGGCUUAAUCAAUCUAGAGGAUUUUUCAGCCACAUGAACCUAUUAAUGCCAAGCAUGCCACAGUUUCACUGAAUCAAUCGUACUUUCACACGAGCAAGUGACUUUGAAUCAAAAUGUGAACUAUGACCCUCACCAGCAGUGUCUUUCUUAUGCCCACCACAUUGUGCUGGACUCUCAAUGAGAUUUCUUUUUUUCUUUAAUGAAAACAUUGUGAUAAUAAACCCAAAUUGUGCAGUUGUUUGUAUAACAGAUAUUUAUUGCCAAUGCGACAAUAUGUGAAUCUGUGGUUUUGUUUUACACUUUUUAUUGGGAAGCACACUUACAGGCUUUUUUCCCCACUUAUGCAUAAAUAAGCUCAUGAACUUUAAAAAAUGCAGGUUUUUGAAUUAUUAAAAUGUGCAAUAACUUAGCAAAGGUCAAUGCAACAAGGAUGAUGAUCCAGAUACAGUAUUGUGAAUAAUUGUGAUGGCUUGGCUUUUCAAAGUGUUUAAUAAAUUUCCAAGCUGUUCAAAGUCAGUGCUAUCAUUACACACACACACACACACACACACACACACAAAGCCUUUUAAUAAAUAUAACCCUCUGGUAUUGAUAAUUUAAGAAACAUACAUGUGUUUUGACAUCAUUUUUGAGUUAAUUUUGCAACUGCAUUAUUGACCUUGGUAUCUAAAAGAUUGAAACCCCGUCGUUCAGUUUUACCCCUGCUUUUUUGUAUUUUUACGACCUUUUACUAAUAA